AUGGCCUUCUGCGCAUGCAUGCUUAUACUCAAUUCCUAUGGUGGCGGAUACAAUGCCUGGGAUGUCCCUGAAACCGAGUUUAUUAAGUUCCAAAAAGCCUUCUAUACGACCACGCUUAUUUAUGUUCCUAUGGUUUUUAUUAUCAAGAUCGCCCUUCUAUCAGUUAUGGGGAGGGUUUUUGCUCCCCACCGCCCGUUGGCGUCAUGCUGUGUUAUUAUGUUCCAGAGCUUUUCAUCAAGAUAUUCUUCUGCGACCCCAUCUCGGCAUACUAGCUGGGUACCUCCAGUAGCGCGGAAGGUUAUUAUUGCCAACUCCGUCAUUAGCAUCGCUGGUGACUUAUGGAUAUUAGACUUGCCCGUCCUAAUGAUCUGGUCACGUCAGAUGACCUUAGCCAAGAAAAUGCGAGUCGUCGGGAUUCUUGGUGCUGGAGGACUUGCUACAGGCAACGCCGAAGCGGCAAUUAGCCUUAUCUGUGCCUGCCUGCCUGCGAUGAACUAUUUCUUCACCACAAUGAAAAAUAUGAGAAGCAACACGACGGAAAGGGUCUAUUUAAAAAACAAUGAGCUUGAAAGCUGGCAAACGCAUUCCAGUCGCUCUGUCGCCAAUAAAAGUUCCGAAAGCCUGUUCUUGUCUAGCUAG